CCUCAACUCUAUCACCAUGGCCGCUGAAUUGUCCAAAGUUGUUGGCGCUACCGUUCCCGACAAGCCUGUCGCCUGGAACAAGCGCGAUCUCCUCACUUACGCUGUCGGUGUUGGCGCGAAGAACGACGAAUUCCCCUUCAUUUAUGAACUCGACCCCAACUUUGCCGCCCUCCCCACCUACCCUGUCGUCCUCGCCCUCAAGGGUGACGGCCAGGAUGUCAACAACUUUGCUGAAGCUGUAAAAGGCCGACCUAUCCCUGGUCUUCCUAAGCUCGACCCCAACCGCGUUGUGCAUGCUACUCAGUCCAUUGAGAUCGUGAAGCAGCUCCCCACCGUCAGCGGACCCGGCUGGAAGUGGACCGGCAGGUACACUGGUGUUGUUGAGAACAAGAGUGGCUUGAUCUUGACCAUGGAGAACCAAUUGGUUUCCCCCUCGGGUGAAGUCUACGCAAGGCUUUACUCCUCUUCAUUCAACCUCGGAGCCAAGGUUACUGGUGAGAAGUUCGCCAAGGUCAUCGCUGGUCCUCCCCAGGGCAAGCCCGUCCCCAAGGACCGCGCCCCCGAUCACGUCGUCGAGGAGCAAACCACCCCCGAGCAGGCCAUCGUCUUCCGAUUGAGCGGAGACUACAACCCCUUGCACAUUGACCCCAGAAUCGGCAAGGCAGCGGGCUUUGGCGGUGUCAUCCUCCACGGUCUCUCCACCUUCGGCUUUGCAGGCCGUGCUGUCCUCAAGACUGUUGGCGGUGGCGACCCCGCCUCGGUCAAGUUCUUCGGUGUCCGGUUCACCUCCCCCGUCAAGCCUGGCGACAAGCUCCAGACUAACAUCUGGGAGAUUGGCCCCGGUCCUAAUGGUACGACCGAAGUUGCGUUCGAGACGAAGAACUUGAACACCGGCAAGGUCGUUCUUGGAAGCGGGAUUGCUUACGUUGUGAAGAAGGGUGGUGCUAAGUUGUAA